AUGACGACACCCGCCAGAAACGAACCGACCAUUUCGACCCGCACCGUGUUUGAGGGGCGCAUCCUUAAUGUGCGUGUCGACACGGUGCAACUGGUCAAUGGCCGAACCAGCACCCGGGAAAUCGUCGAGCACGCCCCAUCAAUCUGCGUGGUACCGCUGGACACGGACGGCAGGGUGAUGCUGGUGCGGCAAUACCGCAAACCGGCAGGAGCUUUCCUGCUGGAGGUUCCAGCGGGCGGCAUCGAACCGGGCGAAAACCCUGAGGUCGCCGCGUUGCGCGAGUUGCAGGAAGAGAUCGGCCACCGCGCGGGUCGCUUGCGGCCGUUGACCGGUUUUUGGCUAGCUCCCGGAUGGUGCAACGAGUUUAUGUACUCCUUCCUGGCGACGGAACUGACACCGGCAAGGCUGGAGUCGGACGAUGACGAGUUCAUAGACGUGGAAAAAGUGGCGCUAUCCGAUGUUCCGGGCUUGAUCGGAAACGGAACGAUACAGGACGCUAAAAGCGUGGCGUCGCUGUUGCUUGCGAUGCGCAUCUUGGCGUCGCCGGCCCAAUGA